AUGAUUUCCCCUGCCCCUUUGGCGUGUGCUUCUCGUCGUGGCAUUCCGAUUGCUGCGAGACGUUUUUUGUCAGUCGAGACUGUCCGUCGUAGACCCUACAGAAUCCGGAGCAAAACCGCCUCACUUUCCGUCGUGCCGUCGAAGCUCUCGCCACCGUCCACUUUGCAGUCUAUUUCAUUGUUUCAGGAGGCAGAUGAUCUAAAUGCGCCCGAUCCUACAAGAUAUUGUCAGAAUUUUGACGUGCGCACCAGUGUUAGAAUACUGGAAUCCUGGAUUGAACGGCUAAAUAUUGAUAAACAGCAACCAGCCUUCCAGGAAUCUCGUAAUCUUGCGUGUUUGGUGCCCAACAAUCCGUGUCUUCAAAAACUGGUGCAACUUGGUGCUGACCUCUCCAAGAUGGAAAGCGUUCCAGGCGUAGCGAAUAUGCUUGUAAAAGCAGACUUUGAUAAGAUGAUUGCACCGAAAUUGUGGAUUCUCUCCGAUCGCGGAUUCGACCUUUCUCAGGUCGCUCGAGUUAUAAGCGUUUUUCCAAAGAUAUUCAAGUUGCCUGACGAGGAGCUGAUAUCGCGAAUUUCCCACUUUACUACACGAGGGUUUACCCCGGAGCAAGUGGUUUCCUUUCUGACCAUCCAUCCUCAAAUACUGUCGCUGGAAAGUGUUGAAGUGGACCGCAAACUCCGUGAUAUUAUUAACGUUUUUCACUUUAACGAUUCAGACAUCCACGCUGUUGUAGUCGGAGCCAGUGCGUGCAUAGUUCAACCUCUACUAAAUACGAAGGAUGUGUUCGUCGUAAUGACAAAGAUGCUGGGCUUCAGCCUCCCCGUUACUCGAGAAAUGAUUGUCGAGUGUCCUCGGAUCAUUAUCACCAGUCGUCGUGUGCUGUGCGAAAAUUUUUAUCACCUCAACUCCCGCCUCAACCUUCCUCUGGAUGUAAUUGCCAAGUCGCCCAAGGCCCUGACGUCCUCUCCGCGUAUCCUUGCCGAAAGGACCAACUUCCUGGUUCACUGCAAGCUCUUUCAACCGGAUGGCAGCAAGUACGUUAGUGUCCUUGCUUUUCCCCUCCCCCUCCCUUCUUUCUGUUACUCUGUCCUGGCUCAAUGCUUCGUAAGCCGUUGGCGUGAUCACAACUACCUUUUAACUGUAUUGCCAUAUCGAGAUUGCUGUUUGCGAUCGAGAAGAAUUUUUGUCCAUCGCCACCGCUGCUUUGCCGUAAAGAGUAAAGUGUCAGAGAGCAAUUUGAGGUUCAUGAAUCCUACGUCCCACACGACCCUGUUGGUGGCCAAUACUGUAUAUGCGACGUUAAAAUACUAA